AUGGAUUUAUAUUUGACCGCAUUCAGUUUUCCGAAGAGCAGCGCAUCUGCUGCAUCUAACCAUGAUAAUCACUCGCUGCCUGUACCGGCGCCUAACUCAACACUAUCGUCUUCACCAGACGCCCGAGUCGUAGGCAGUCGCGCUGGGCUUGCUGUUUCGCCGCCCUCAUCGCUUGCGCCUGGUGCUGCUCGCCCAGGCCUCUCACGCUCGCCGCAGGACAGCACUGGUACUCGACGCGAACGGACAUUUGCAGACGCGAUUGAUGGCGGCGAUAACGCGAGCCGAACUACGCGGGAUAUUGGCAACGAUCUCAUCUCGCAUGGUGCAUCGCUUGGUACGCCAGGAUCAGGUAUUAGCAGCUUGCGCCCUUCAGCGCGCGCGUCUGCAGAAAUUGCAGAGGCAUUAUCGCGUCUUAGCAACAAGGUCAUGUCUACCCAACAUUGCCUGGUGAAUGUGGUUCCCAGCAUGGAAGUGCCUCUGCCGCCAGGCACGAGCAGUGCGAUGCAGUCAUCAUCCAACUUUUCUACCUCGCCUAGACCUGCUGCUUCUGCUGGACCUGGCAACCGUUCUGUGCGGUCCUUGUCCGACGAGGGUGAAGAGAUUGGGUCAAAAGCCUCCUUUUCUGCUGUUUCUGCUUCUGCUGGGCACGACCAAGAACAUGCUAUUCUGGCUAUUCCUACUACGCACACGCCAAAGUACACGUUUAAUGUAUGUGGAACGCAGAGCCAGGUGCUCGAAGGCAGAGGUGCGCUUUUGCAAGGUCUUCCAUUUGUCUGGAAAGUAAGCAUCAAAGUGCCUGGCGCGGAUAUCGCAGACGCUUUGGCUGAAUCGCAUUUUCAUUCCGGCAUGGCUGACCGCUCCGAACUGGGCAUGAGAUUGGACGAGAUCGCGCAGGUCUCUGGCACAAACAUCUCUAUCGUUCCCACCGAGCCGCCCAAAGCCGACCUGGCACCUGGUGUCGAGAUUGCCCGCAGCGUACAAAUUGUUCUAGCUGGUUCGGUCGAGGCGAUUGAGUUUGCGCGCAUCCAGGUGCUGGUCCAGCUUGAUCGCUUCAACGGCCUACACGUUGAACAAUUCGAGAUUGACCGCAAGCUUCUCCAUGUGGUUAGUGGCCGCAAACGCGCCGUGUUGCAACUCAUCGAAGAGGACACCAACACGAGCAUUUACCUUCCAACACCCUUUGCUGGCAUCCUGAAUACCAACGUCCCGCAGCCCAUUGUUGCAAAGCGUAACACUGUGUACAUUGCAGGUCAAUUUUACAACACACAGCGCGCAAAGGACACGCUAAUGCAGUUAACCAACACAAAGGCCAAGUCACUGGUAAACCGCCAAGUGGUGCUGAUGUCACGGAAGAUUGACUGGCUACUGUGUGAGCGACUAGAAGAGCUCCGCACAUUGAUGCUGAACAACAGCACUUUCCUUGAGUUCCCUGUCAUUGGUAGCCAGCAGAACCAAGUUGUGGUGUUUGGCACGAGCCGUGUAGACGUCGAGCGCAGCAUUCGUAUGCUUAUGCAACUUGUCUCUCCGCACUACUCGGCCAAUAUUUGGCUUCAGCCCGGCUCCUACGAUGCACUUGGUGUGUCCACCGGCAAGCCUGACACACAUGCUCUUUCUGCUAUUCUCUCGAGCAUAAGCGCGUCCUCUGGUGCCGAGAUUACAUUUCAGAGCAACAAUCUGGAGAUUUCUGGACUUGACGCAGAAGUACGCAAGGCUCUGCGCGAGCUUAUGCGUAUUCCUGCUUUGAAACACUACGCACACGAGAUUCGAUUCCAACUCGAGCUUGCUUCCGACCACCGCGAGUUUAUCAGUGGCAAGAAGAAUGGCAAGAUCAACAAGAUCAUGGAGCAUUGUGGCGUACGCAUUCGUUUUGAGCCAUUCAAUGAGUACAACUUCAUGAUUGAUGUGCUAGGGACAGAGUUGGACGCAGCACUGCAAGGACUCAGUCUUUUGCAGGAGGAGCUCCCUGCAGAGAUGUCGUUCCAUGUCCCGGAAGCAUACCACAAACGCAUUAUUGGCGUAGGAGGCAAAAAUAUCCAGCGGAUUAUGAAGAAGUUUGGCGUAUAUGUCAAAUUUUCAAACGCCGAAGAGUUUGCCACGCUGGGCGGAUAUGUGGACAAUGACGACAAUGUUAUUGCACGCACGCCGUCGAAGAACGCGAACAAUUUGGAGAAUUUGAAAAACUCGGUGAUGGAACUUGUCAGUUCUAAGGACAAGGACUUUGUCACUGAGGCGGUGACUGUACAGCGCAAGUACCACCGUCUUCUUCUCGGCGAAAAGGCGUCACUUGUUCAUGAUAUUGAACGCAAAACACGCUGCACUGUCCGCUUUGCGCGUCGUGAAUCGGCGCUGGAUACUGUCAUGGUCUUUGGACCAGAGUCGCAGAUCAAUAUUGCCGUGCAAUUGCUGAUGCAACAUGUGCCUCUGGAUUCCGAAAUUGUGGUGCCCAACACGUACGAGCUGGGCUCCAUGAUGGAGUCAAAAGACUACGCUUUGUUGGUGGAGCGCAUGCAAAAGGAAUUGGGGGUUACUCUUACGAGCGGUCCACGUCCUCCCAAAGAAGUGCAUGUGUUUGUAAUCAAACUCAGCGUAAAUGGCAGCAAUGCAGAACUGCUUACCAUGGCCAAGACGAUGUUUGAUGAAUUGGCCGCAAAGUACAACGUUCGUUUGUCACUCUCUAGCAUGGCUCCAAACGAUGCCUUCAGCGCACCCAUGCCUCCGUUCUCUUCUUCUCUUAUGUCUCCAAAAGCGGUUGACAGUGUUGCGACCGAUACCUUCCAUCAUGAUACCGCAGCAACAGCUGUCUCCGUCGGACCUGUUGGGACGCGUUACGAUGAGAAAAAAUCUGCGGGCUCUGCACUACCAACGUCUGCAGACUUGAAAGCGCUUUUUGAUCACCCCAAUGUACCUGGAAACCCGAUUUCAUUCGACGGAGCAUCUUCGAAUACCCCGCUCAUGUCUUCAUUUUAUACCCCAGGCUACCCCGAUAGCGCCGGACUCUCGCACCCUGUAUGGGGCGCACCACUCUCCUCAGUUCCCGACAUUUCCAGUGGGCAAAAUUCCAAGGGCAGCAUGUUUAGUCCUUUUUCAUCUGGGCCCAUGCCCUUCCAGUUUAGUUCCACGGAUCCUCCGCUCGGCGCCCCGGACAAUGUCCGUUCUCCUGUUUUCCCUCACAAUGCUAUGCGACGCACUGACGCAGUGGGACCUGGUCUUGGAGGGGGAAUGGAUGGUCAUCCUUUCUCUUCCCACUCUCUUGGGCGCUUACCGAUUGGGAUGUCUGGCAGCAACGAUUUGGGCAACGAUAUUGAUGGGUUCCACCCAAUAAGCGAGCCUUCUACGAUGCCAAGCUUGGGCAUGCGCCACAAUAACAUUGGGGUCCCAGGGCAACGCACCGGGGCCACAGGAAUGAUGCGGAACCAACCUGCGUCUGGUGCGUCUUCUGAUACCAUGGACGAAGUCUCCCGCGCGCUUGCACAAUUUUCAUUCGACAAGCAAUAA